UGAUAGGUUGAGGCUGUCAGGCUGAAUUUCCGGUUCAGCCCAAACAAAAACACAGCUGUUUUUCUAAAAGAAACAAAAACCCUCAGCUUGUCUGUCAGUCUCCGUCCGUCCUCUCAAUCAUGUCCGCCCCUGGGUUCGUUCUGCUGGUUCUCGCUGCGUCUCUGUGUUCCGGUGACUCCAGAUUUAUUGUUGAUUCUUUAUCAUUAAUUGGACAAAAACCUCUGACUCAGGGGAUGUGUCCAGAAUGCAGCCAGAUCAUCCAGCUGUCCACCAACAUGGUUUUCAGCACAGACACCAAGGUUACUGUAUUUAAAGCCUUGCAUGCUUUGUGUCAGCGUCUCCCUAAAGAACAAGCAUCCGAAUGUGAGUUACAAGUGAAAAUAUAUCUGCCAAAGAUCAUGCAGCAAACAUCCAGUAACUGGAAACCAGAGGAGAUCUGUGAGGUUUUUGGGCUUUGUGCAACCAACCAGGACAAGAAACUGCAGCAGCCUUCCCAUCAUGUCCCCAGUAAAGACACGUCCAGCUCUGCACUUGGCACCGCCUCUGAAACUGAAGAUGUAUUCAGCCCAGUUUGCACCUUGUGUUUGUUGUUUAUCAAGAAACUGGAAACAAUGUUGCCUAAAAAUAUGACUGAGGAAGCUUUAAUGAAAGUCAUGGAAGAGGUCUGUCAUCUGUUACCAUCCAGCUAUAAGGCUGAAUGUAAUGAUUUUGUGGACAAAUAUGGAGUGAAGAUUGUUGAAUUCCUUUUAUCAUCUGCUGCGCCUCACACCAUCUGCAUUCUUUUGCACCUUUGUUUGUUUGAGACGCAGCCGGCUCCAGAGGUGGACCCGAUGUCCGACUGUGAGUCCUGCCAAACACUGGCUGCACUGAGCCGUCUGCACCUGGGGCUGAAUGCCACCGAGCCUCAGACAUCAGCUUUCCUCCGGUCGGUGUGCACCCUCCACCCAAAAGCCAUCCCCAAGUGUGAGGCUUUCACCAGAGUCCACGGCUCUCAGCUGCAGAAGGUUUUGGGAAACCAAAUGGAUGUUCCACAUGUUUGCAAAAAAGCUGAUUUGUGCAUAUCAUCGAAGAAGCUGGAGCCACUGGGAAAUAAUCCUUGUACUUGGGGGCCGAGUUACUGGUGCAAAAACCUAAGCACUGCUCAGGAAUGUGGGAACCAGGUCUUCUGUGAGAAAUACGUUUGGAAGAAGAAUUAGCACCUUGAAAGGUCCACAGCAGUCCCACCACAGCAGAGCUUGAUCUGCUAUGGACAAGUGUAAUGCACUGAAAAUGUUAAAUGUAAUUCCACCGUUUUACUGAUAAUUUAUUGAUUGGGGAACUUUCCCUAUCUUAUGCUAAUCUAAUCAAACAAAUUGCUCAGAAAUCUUUAUACCUGCAUGGGAUUCAGUGUGCAUCAUCUGUUUCUGCUGGUUUGUUUUUUGAAGUGUUAUUCUGUAUUUGAGGUAAGCUCGGUCAUUAUGAGUGUAAAAUAAAAAUUGCAAUAUAUUUUCUGAUUGUCAGCCAUAGCAAGAACUUUUAGUGUUUUCUCAAGCAAUUAGAUGAAUGACUGAUUCUCCUCUGAUUUCACAGCUCUUCUGUUGAUUAUGGGAUGUGCCAAUGACAACAUACAAAUAAAACUCUAAAAAUGGGA